AUGUCCUCCAAUUCAACCAAACAACGCCCCGUCAGCGUUCUAUUUGUCUGCCUGGGCAACAUCUGCCGGUCGACCAUGGCCGAGGGUGUCUUCCGGAAUGUCGCCGAUGCCCAUCCCACCAUUGGCGAAAUCGACUCCGCCGGCACGGGUGCUUAUCACAGCGGCCAAGGCCCCGAUAGUCGGACCAUGUCCACGCUGCGCCGCCACGGAAUUACCAACUACGCUCACGCCGCUCGCAAGGUCACCAAGGACGAUUUCCUAAAGUUUGACUACUUACUCGCCAUGGACAAGUAUAAUCUGCGUGAUUUGCUGGAUGUGCGCGAGUCGGUUAUCACGUCGCUGCGCCGCAAGGCUGAUCCCAAGUCCGCCGCGAAGAACACUCGUGCAGCUUCUGAGGCGGCCAUUGGCAUGCACAGCGAGGACACUCGAGUCGCCGAGGUGCGGCUCUUUGGUGACUUUGGCAAAGGUGGGAAGCUGCACGAUCGUGUUGGCGGCGGCGAAGUCGUUGAAGACCCUUACUACGGCGGCGCGAACGGGUUUGAGGAGGUUUACCAGCAGGUCGUCAGAUUCUCCAAGGGAUUUAUUGACUAUCUGGAGAACCAGGAGUAA